CCCCCUUCUCUCUCUCGUCCUUCAUCUCCCCAGCUUUCUCUCUCUCUCAACUCCGGCCAUAGAAGCACGCCUUCCCUCUGUCCUCUGCGGCCGCAGCAACGAUAGACACCAAGCUCGUCGCAUUUCCCUCGUCUCCCUCUCAAUCCCCUCUCUCUCUGACUCAACCAUAGAGCACGCACGCACACCACACCGCGCCUGAAAAUCCUAGAUCUAUAAUCUACAGCCAUCUCCCCGUCGAUUCCUGUCGACCGCACGGCGGGAAGGCCGCCGCCGUCGCGCCCUAGCUUCAAUUUCCGGCAGCGACGCCUUCGCCGGGACCUCCUGUCCCUGGUUGAACAGCAGAGCCUCCGACGCCAAAAGUAGGAACCCUAAUCGGGUCAACCCGAAACGUGACUACGGUGAAAUGGAGUCCAGAUCCGAAUGCAGCCAGAACACCAAGUCAGGUGGUGCCGGAGCGAUGCUCUGGAUGACAUGUGUUUUUCUAAAUCUGAAGCUUGGCGAUUGCCUUACCAGAUCACCACGCAAAGCUAUAUGGUUUGCGCCUUGGUUGGAUCUUCGGCCGCUUUAUUCAUCUUAUUUAUCUUUGGUAUUGCUUCAGCUAACUUUUUCCUUGUAAAGAUAUUUGGAAGGACAAAAUACUUCUUAUAUGGGCUAUGGAUCUUUAACCUAUCAUUUCUUGUGUGUAAUCGCAUUUAUGAGGGAUAUCGGUUCUCUAGUUUUGGAGAACAUUGGGCUUAUUUGGAUGACUUCCGCGGGACCUUCAGAUGGCAUAUCUGCUUUAAUUUUGUUGUUUUGCGUAUGAUAAGCUUUGGUCAUGAUUACCAUUGGACUGAUCAAUACAGUGGUUCUGAUCACAAGAAGCAUAUUCAGCGCUGUGACCAUUGUUCAACUGGCAAAACAUGCUACCUAGUCUUACAGGAAAGAAGAGUAACAAAUGACAAGUUGUUGAGCUGCUGAAACUCAUCAAAGUUGGAGCAUGAAGGUGCUUCUGUGAAGUUUCUUCUUUUUUUUUUUUCUUUUUUUUUUUUGAGUUAGGCUCAAAACAUUAUGUAUGAAGGUUUUGGAUGAUAAUGUAUGAAUGUUUUGUAUUAUAUAUAAUACAUGUUAUUGAUGAUUUUA